GAUAGUGCUGAAAUGUAUGAACACUGGGCAACAGAAUAUGGGGUUGCAUAUAUGAUUCUGGGUGUCCUUGAACAGACUAGAAUUGUACUGUCUGACCCAAGAGCUAUAGCACAUUGCUAUGCCCAAGAGACAUGGACAUAUGUGCUGAUGCCCCUUGCAUUGGUACUUAUGGAGGCAUCAAUGGGCCAAGGGCUAUUAUGGUCUCAGGGUGAAGACCACAGGAGGUACUAUUCAGCUCUUUUCCUCAUGCCAGCAACUUAUUGA